AUGCUUCUCUCUCUCUCUUCAUCAAGAGGCUUCCUCUCUUCUUCAAAGUACCUUCUCUCUUCAUCAAGGUGCUUCCUCUCUUCACAAAGUGCUUCCUCUCUUCAUCAAGAUGCUUCCUCUCUUCAACAAAGUACUUCCUUCUUCAUCAAGGUGCUUCUCUCUUCUUCAAAGUACUUCCUCUCUUCAUCAAGGUGCUUCCUCUCUCAUCACAAAGUAGCUUCCUCUCUUCAACAAGUGCUUCCUCUCUUUUCAAAGUGCUUCCUCUCUUCAUCAAGACUGCUUCCUAUCUCUCUUCAACAAAGUGCUUCCUCUCUUCAUCAAGAUGUUCCUCUCUUCAACAAAGUACUUCCUCUCUUAUCAAGUUGUUUCCUCUCUUCAACAAAGUACUUCCUCUCUUUAUCAGAGUGCUUCCUCUCUUCAUCAAGGUACAUUCCUCUCUUUCAUCAAGGUGCUUCCUCUCUUCAUCAAGAUGCUUCCUCUCUACUCACAUUCAUGCUUCCAUCAUGCAGCUCUCUCUUCAUCAAGUGCUUCCUCUCUUCUUCAAGGGCUUCCUCUCUUGAUCAGAUGCUUCCUCUCUUCAUCAAGGUGCUUCCUCUCUCAUUCUCAAGGUGCUUCCUCUCUUCAUCACGGUGCUUCCUCUUCUUCAAUCAAGUGCUUCCUCCUCUCCUCCAUCAAGCUUCCUCAUGCUAA